UAUUUUCACGAGAAAAAAUCCAAACAAAUAGAAUAAUUUUCGCCGUCUUGAGUUUAUCAUAUUUACUUUGUAAAACUAUAAACUCUCCUCUCUCUCUAUAUUACGCCGCUUCUUCUUCUUCCUCCUCCUUCUCCCUAUUUCGUCUGCGGUGACGACCACUGGAUCAUGAAUCUUUCUUGGAACUGAAGGAAAUCGAAUAGAUAAUCAAAAAAAUGGCUUCUUCCUCUCUGGAGAUUGUUAAAUUCUGUGUGUCUCCUGUUUCGAUUUCCCGCCAUAAAUAUCCCGUUAAAUUGGAAUCUAGGAAAAGGGUUUUGAGAUUACCUGAUUCUAGGAGUUGGCAUCGUCUCGGUAGAUCUCUUAGGGUUCGUUCUUCUGCUCUUGACGGCGAUAAUCAGUCCAAAGGUGAAGAACCUCCAGAAUCUUUGUUUAUGAAAGAGUUGAAGAGACGAGGUAUGACUCCUACUUCUUUGCUUCAAGACUAUGAAGUGGAUCAAGAUGAGAUAAAAACCGGUAAAGAAACUGGAAACAAAACGACUGCAACUACUCCAGCAUUUGAUCCAAGCUUGCUAAAUCAGAGAGAGAGAUCAUUGGCUUUAAACAGCGAAGGGCUUGAGGGAUUGAUUCCGCGGGCUAGGAUCUUGCUGACAAUUGGGGGUACUUUCUUCUUGGGUUUUUGGCCGUUGAUAGUCUUAACUCUCGGUGCCUUCUCUGCCCUUUACCUCUACUUUGGAGCAGAUUUCGUUCAUGACGGAAGUAGAACUCCGGUCUCACCACCACCGUACAUUGACCCAUAUUCUCUGUUGGAAGAUGAGAGGAUAUCAGGGAUUGAUCCUCGUUUAAAUUAGCUGCUACAAAUUGGUCUUUGUGCUCUCUACACAACUAGUAGUAUAUAGUAUUGGGGCUCGAAGUAUAUAUUUUUAUUUACGUCUUUCCUCUUAAUAUCCUUACGUAUGUAAAAAAGAAUUGUUUCUCUCUUAAGGGUUCAAAAAGUUUCAAUCUUUUAACCA